AUGAAUGCUUGCUGUAAAUUGUUAACUAGGAGGAAACGAAAAGUGUUUCUUUUAGUUUUGGUUUUUAUUACAUUUGUGUAUUUUUUGUUGAUGUCCUAUUUGGCCUGUUGUCAACUGCCACAGCAAGGAAAUGUUCUGUCAUCAUACGUGUUGGAUCCUAAUGGACGAACACUGUAUGAACAAGGGGACAAGCGAGAGAUCAGGGGUGCCCGUAGUAAAAGUACGAACUGCAGUGAGCAAAGAAAUUUUGUUUUCAUCAAGACUAUGAAAUGUGCAACAUCAACUCUUCAUGGGGUAUUUUAUCGCUUUGGCUACACGCGAAAUCUUUCAUUUGUAUCUCCUAUCAGAAAAAUGAUAUAUCUGAACUGGCCAUUUCCAAUGACCAUGCAGGAUUUCAGACCAUCCAGUCGCGGAUACAACAUCCUUACAGACCAUGUCAUUUACACUGAAGAUGUUAUGGACAAGAUCAUGCCGGCAGAUACAGUCUACAUUAGCAUCAUUCGAGAACCCUUUGCCCACUUUAAAUCAACAUUCCAUUAUUUUAAUGUUGCCAAAAUUUCUGGUGUUCCAGCAAAUGUUACAAAUCCUAUUGUUGAGUAUUUGUCUCAUCUGGAAAAGUAUGAACCAGCAUAUAUGUCUCAUAAAGCUAAAGAACGAUGGUGUGUUCCCAAUGACUUCUCCAUAACCAAGAACAUGCUCUCACACUCUCUAGGAAUGCCUCUUGGUUUUCCACCAGGAACUAUAAACAUUACAGCAGAUGAGGUCUCAGUUGAGCAAUAUAUCAAGCAUUUGGACUCAAAGUUCCAGUUAAUAUUAAUUGUUGAAUAUUUUUAUGAGUCUGUGGUACUGCUACGUAGACUAAUGUGCUGGAGUUUCAGAGAUAUUAUAUUUAUUAAUUCAAAUACUGGGGAUUAUGAGUACAAGAACGCCUCAGUGCCUGAAUCCAUCAUAGAUAUUCAUAGGAAAUGGAGUAGUGUGGAUUAUAGACUGUAUGAUUAUUUCAAUAAUACAUUUUGGAAACGUGUUUCUCUACAAGGAGCAGAUUUUUAUUCUGAAGUUGAAGCAUUUAAAAAGGUUGAAGCACAAGUGAAGAAUUACUGUUUGACAUUAUAUCAAACAUUCACAAGAGACGAGUUUCCCUUUAAUAUGACAAAGACAACUGUGUCAGCUUCACUUUGGAAUGAGCAGUUUUCUGUGACACACGAUGAUUGCUGGAUGCUGGGUCCUGACCCGAAUGUUCUUCAUCGAGUUGUUCAGAAAGAGAAUGAUCUGAAAGAGGCAAACCUUUUGUUAGAGCAGCAGAAAAUUCUGGACAAUAGAACCUUGAAAGGAGUAUGCUGA